AUGACUGACCAGGAGCUUGCAAUCAAGGAAGAGGGCUCAAUUGGCAAUUCGCCUUCCAAGACAGGAGUGUCAACAGAACAACCAAACAGUACAAUGACGGUUGCACUUGGAGACAAGGGCGAGAGUGACUGUGGCGAUACAAAAGAUGAGAAGAAGGAUACAAGCUUCAAGUAUUACUUGCGCGUCUUCACUUACAACGAUCAGUUGGGAUGGAUCCUCAAUGGUGUCGCAUUUGUCUGCAUGGUCGCUGCAGGCACGAUUUUGCCCCUGAUGGAUCUUGUCUUUGGAAAGUUUAUCAACGUUUUUACCGAUUUCGCUACCGGAUCACUAUCACCUGCUGGAUACCGAACUGAGGUCAGCAAGUACAGUCUAUACUUUGUCUAUCUUUUUAUUGCAAAAUUUGUGUUGACAUAUAUCUGGACGAUACUUGUUUCUAUCGCAGCCAUCAACACGACAAAAUCGCUCCGUGUUGACUUUGUCAGGAGCACUCUUCGUCAAGAGGUUUCCUUUUUUGAUUCUCCCGCAUCUUCUAUUCCAGGGCAGAUCACGACCAAUGGAAACCUCAUCAACCAAGGAAUCUCUGAAAAGUUCGGCAUCACCAUUGCAGCCCUCUCAACCUUUGUUUCUGCCUUCAUCGUGGCAUUCGCAGUGCAAUGGAAGCUCACUCUCAUUGUCCUCGCCAUCAUUCCAGUGAACCUCGUUGUCACCAUCAUCUGCGUGGCUAUUGAUACCGGCUACGAGUAUGCCAUGUUUGACGUCUACUCGAGGUCUAGCUCUUUGGCAGAGGAGGCCUUCUCGACUAUUCGUACAGCCCACGCUUUCUGGGCCUUCCCAAAGCUGUCAAAACGAUUCACGAGUACACUCGAAGAAGCAAGGAGAAUUGGACAUAAGAAGUCUUGGGUGUACAUGAUUUUGUUCCCCACUGAAUUCUUCUGUAUCUUUGCAGGGUAUGGCUUAGCCUUUUGGCAGGGAAUGAGGAUGUACUCCUCGGGCGAGAUCACGCAGCCGGGCACUGUCGUAACUGUCAUUUUUGCUAUUCUCGUUGCUGCUACAGCACUCACUCAGAUUGCUCCCCAGACAAUAGCCAUCUCCAAAGCUACUGCUGCUGCGCAAGAGAUGUUCGAAAUGAUUGACCGCAAGUCGCAGAUAGAUCCAUUAUCUCAACAAGGCGAGACCAUUCCCGAUUUCAAGGGCAACAUCCAAUUUCGUGAGGUCAGGUUUGCCUACCCUUCCCGUUCUAAUGUGACGAUUCUUCGCUCGCUGGAUCUCAACAUUCCUGCUGAUCGGACUACGGCUCUUGUCGGUGCCAGUGGAUCCGGAAAAAGCACUGUAUUCGGACUCUUGGAACGAUGGUAUACGCCCAGCAGCGGGUCGAUAACACUCGAUGGACACCCUGUUGAGAAUCUAAACAUACAGUGGCUACGGACUAACAUCAGAAUGGUUCAACAGGAACCAACUUUAUUCAGUGGUACCAUUUAUCAAAAUGUCGUUGAUGGCUUGACUGGUACACCCAUGGUAGACCUUCCAGAAGAGGAGAAACAAAGAAUGGUCAUCGAAGCCUGUAAAUCUGCCUAUGCCCACGACUUCAUCGAGACGCUGCCCAAGGGCUACGAUACUUGGAUAGGCGAAAGGGGAGCGUCGCUAUCCGGCGGACAGAAACAACGGGUGGUUAUCGCUCGCAGCAUCAUUUCUAACCCUAAAGUUUUGAUGCUGGAUGAAGCUACCAGUGCUCUCGACCCUAACGCCGAGAAGAUCGUGCAGAAAGCUCUUAACAAUGUAGCUAAAGGCCGAACAAUGAUAGUUAUCGCGCACAGACUGUCUACAAUUCGUGAUGCCGACAAUAUCAUCGUCAUGGCCAAGGGUGAAACAAUCGAACAAGGCUCCCAUAACGAACUCCUUGAAGGAGGCGGCACAUACUCGCGCUUGCACGUUGUAGCGGACAUCACACAAAGCGAUGCAAUCAGUUAUGGGCUUCUAAAAGGUCUUUGGCUUGUGAUCAGGGAACAAAGACCUCUGUGGUUUUCUGGUUUCAUUCUAGUCAUCAUUUCCGUUUUGGGAGGCGCCACAUAUCCGGCACUCGCUAUUCUCUUCUCAAGAACUAUGAAGGCAUUCGAGACGAUAGAUGUUAGCGAGGCGAACUUUUUUUCGUUAAUGUUUUUUGUCGUUGCCCUCGCCAACUUUGUCAUAUACGCUGUGGCUGGCUGGGUCUGCAAUGAGAUCGGCCAACAUGUAAUGAUGGUAUAUAGGAGUGAGCUCUUUGACAAUACUCUUCGGCAAGAUAUGAGCUUCUUCGACGACCCAGAUCGAGGAACUGGAGCUCUCGUCUCACGGCUAGCCGCCGAGCCCACGAGCCUCCAGGAACUACUAUCCAUGAACUUGUCACUCAUCAUGAUCAACAUAGUUACAGUCCUAUCGAGUUCCAUACUCGCCAUAGCCUACGGCUAUAAGUUGGGUCUGGUCCUUACACUGGCUGCCCUGCCAGUGCUCGUCGGCUCAGGAUAUGUGAGAAUCCGACUUGAAUACAAGUUUGAUGACGACACUGCUGGAAGAUUUGCUAAAAGUAGCGGUUUGGCUUCAGAGGCUGUACUGGGAAUACGAACCGUUUCCUCGCUAGCUUUGGAGCGAGCCGUCAUCGAGCGUUAUAGCAAUGCCCUUGGAGGUCUUGCAAAAGAAGCGAUUGGAAGCUUGGGCUGGAAGAUGCUGUUCUACUCCUUCAGCCAGUCGGCGUCUUUCCUUGCCAUGGCACUCGGCUUUUGGUAUGGUGGGCGUCUUGUUUCCACUGGCGAGUAUACCACUGAUCAGUUCUAUGUGAUCUUCAUUGCUGUCGUCUUCUCGGGAGAAACUUCAGCAAUGCUGUUCCAGUACACUACGAGUAUUACAAAAGCUCGAACGGCGAUCAACUAUAUAUUCGAGCUUCGACGCCAAAAGGUGCUUCACGACGAUGUAGGGAAUGGGCCUGGCGGUGAGAAAAACCCAACUGGGAAGGGCAUUGACAUCUCUUGCGAUGAGAUCACUUUCGCAUAUCCUCGUCGGCCUAAGCUACCGGUGCUUCGAGGCGUGGAUAUUAGCAUCGAACCUGGAAAGAUGGUGGCUCUCGUCGGAGCAUCUGGAUGCGGCAAGUCAACCAUGAUUGCACUACUUGAGCGGUUCUAUGAUCCAACUAGUGGCAUGAUAAAGGCAGAAAGUCAGGAUAUCAGCACGAAAGACAGACGGUUGCACAGGCGAGACAUUGCUCUCGUUCAGCAAGAGCCAGUUCUAUACCAAGGUUCGAUCCGGGAUAACAUAUCCCUCGGUAUCGAAGAGGGUAACCCGUCUGACGGCGAAAUCAUUGAGGCAUGCAAACAAGCCAACGUCUAUGAGUUUAUCUCUUCUCUCCCCGAAGGCCUCGCCACGUCUUGUGGCAACCAAGGACUCUCGCUCUCGGGUGGCCAACGCCAACGCAUCGCUAUUGCCCGCGCUCUUAUCCGCAAACCUCGUUUGUUACUUCUCGACGAAGCCACCAGUGCCCUUGACGCAGAGAGCGAGAAGGUGGUCAAGGAGGCGCUGGACCGAGCAGCCGAGGGAAGGACGACAGUCGCUGUCGCACAUCGGCUCAGCACGAUCCGGGAGGCAGAUACCAUCUGCGUCUUUUCUGGCGGGAAAAUCGUCGAAAGGGGAAGACACGAAGAUCUUGUUGCGAAGAGAGGAUUGUAUUAUGAGAUGGUGUUGGGCCAGUCUCUAGAUAGGGAGGCGUGA